AAUGCAAGUUUUACUGCCGGAACAAAAUUUGUCACCGACAACCACGGUGGUGGUAGGCGACAAGCUAAAAGUCGUCGAUGAGAUCCAAAGCCUGCUGGAGGCGGCUAAAGUAGGCAGCACCAGCUUGCCCCAUGAUGGCAAUAAAGAAAAUGUUGAAGAACAGAAAAGUGACAACAAAACCAGACACGCCGCUAAAUUUGAUGACAACAAUAACAACAGUGAUACGAGCAAUUUGAAUGUUGGCGACAAGGCGGUGGGAAGCUCCCUGGAUACGCCCAUUCACACGCACACACCCUUCCCGGGCAUCUCACAAUUGACGACGAACCUCUAUUUGUGCGGCGCUGGCGUUGUCAUGCCCAUGAUACUCGAUCAGCUGCAGGUGCGUUUCAUUAUCAAUGUCGCACCGGAGCUACCCGAUACACCGCUCUCGAGCGUCACCAAACCGCUAUAUUUGCGCAUCAACGCAUACGAUCGCCCUAACACCGAUCUGUCGGUGCAUUUCGACGAGGUGGCCGAUAUGAUUGAAGAGGUGCGUCAGCUCGGCGGCAAAUCGCUCGUGCACUGCGUUGCCGGUGUCAGUCGGUCCGCCACACUCUGCUUGGCAUAUCUUAUGAAGUAUGGUGGCAUGUCACUGCGCGCUGCCUACUUGCACGUCAAGGCCAUACGUCCACAAAUACGUCCGAAUACAGGAUUUUUCCAGCAGUUGCGCUGCUAUGAAGAACAACUGAGAGGUUCCUGCUCGGUGCAGAUGGUCUACUAUGAAUCGUUGAACAGGGAGAUACCGGAUGUCUAUGAGCCGGAGUAUCGUGCAAUGGAGGAGUUCUACCAGCGACAGCGUAAAGCUUUGAAACGGCAUUGACUCGCGUUGGCUGGUGGGAUGUUAUGUUUGUGGGCGUUUACAAUGGACAACUUUAUUCCAAAGGGUAGUUUUAACGGCGUGUUUGAGUGGGUAUCGGAAUGAUAUGUUUGUGGCAUGUGUGGUUGAAAGUGUAAUGUAAUGUAAGUGAACGAUUUUAUGGAAAAGUAUUGAUGUGCCUUAGGCUCGACUUAUGUCUAUAUUCGUUAAUUGUUAGUUGUGAAAUUAUCUGUAGUUCCUAGUGUUAUGUAUUUAUAUGGCAACUUUUUCCCAGCAUAGUGCCUAGUAUGUAUUUGCACAUUUUUGCUGACUUGAAAAAUUUUAGUAU